AUGUCCGGGGACGCGACACUCCAGCCGCCAAUGGACGGCAUUGCCGCCCUGUCAUGGGCGCCGGACAGCAAGCGCCUCGCCGUCGCGAGCUGGGACUCGCACGCUCACAUCUACGACGUCCCCAACCCAGUGGCGGUUAGGAGGCUCGAGCACCCCGCCGCCGUGCUUUCUGUUGCGUUUGGGAGUUCGAGAGAUACUCUGUACACCGGCUGUCUGGACCGCCGCGUGCGCGAGUGGAACCUUUCGACUGGUGAGGCGCGCGUGCUCGGCUCGCACGAUGACGCUGUCACCGCGAUGGCCUGGAUCCCCGAACAGAACAUCCUGGUCACUGGCUCGUGGGACAAGACCGUCAAGGUGUGGAACCCAUCUGAUGAGGAGCCACUCGCGUCGUCGGCGUCCCUCCCCGAGCGUGUGUACAACAUCUCGUACACGUCCGCCACGGGGCGCGUGUUGGUCUCCAUGGCGCACCGCCACGUGUCGGUGUACGCUGCGGACGAGUUGGCAGCGGUGGCGCGCGAGAAGCGCGAGCCCAAGGCGGACCACACGCGCGAGAGUGCGCUCAAGAUGCUAACGAGAAGCGUUGCGUGCAUGGCGGACGGGAAGGGCUGGGCAUCCGGAUCAAUCGAGGGACGCAUUGCUGUCGAGUACUUUGACCCCGACCCGUCGGCACAAGCGGCCAAGUACGCGUUCCGCGCGCACCGCGCCAACGUCGACGGCGUCGACCAGGUAUACCCCAUCAACGCGCUCGCGUACCAUCCAGUUCACAACACGUUCGCCUCGGGUGGCUCGGACGGCGUCUUGUCGAUCUGGGACCACAGCGCCAAGAAGCGCAUGCGCCUGUACCCGAAGUACCCGUCUGCGAUCUCUGCCCUGUCGUUCGCACCGGACGGGACGCGCCUGGCGAUCGGUGUGAGCUAUGAGCACGACAACGCUGUCCCUCCUGGCGAGCAGAACACGGUCAUGCUGUUGUUGAAGGAGACUGUCAUGGACGACUGCAAGCCAAAGGCGAGGUAG